AUGGAUAAGCUGCCGGUAGAGAUUGUGUCCAAAAUCAUCGACUACCUUGCUCCACGAGAAAAGGUCCAACUCCAAUCCAUAUCAAAGAAGUUCUUUGGUCUUGCCCGCGAUAAUAAUCAAUGGAGAUUACACUGUUAUGAGCAGUCAUGGGCUGCUCGGCAGGCUGCCCGCUCCGCUGCCAGACCCUCGGAGAGUCUGAUUCCCGACGCGACCGUUUCAUUGUCGGCACUAGGGCAGGAGUCGCUGAGCGAUAUUAUUCAGCCUUCUGUUCCGCCAGUGAAUGGAGACUCUGAUGAUACCAGGGAACUGUCUUGGAGUGAGAGGGCGAGGGCGGUUGCGGAAUGGGACUCGUCGGCCGAGGGGGAGCAUGUGGACUGGUAUUCGGAAUAUAUUGCUCGCCACGGGCCCAUAUCUUUAUCAUGGGUCGAGCAGCCCUUGGUCCGCAAGGGUGAAGGGAAGCGAGGGCAGUCUUAUGAAGUCAAAGGCAUGGGGCUGCUCAAAGACUGGAGUUCAGCCAGGGAGAACAAGAUCAUUGCCCCGCUUGAAGAUGGCAGCGUCUGCAUCUGGGACCUGAAUCACUCCCACUCGGCUAACUCCCAAGCAAGUAAAGGCAAGAUCCUUGGGGUCAGUGAGCCUGGAAUCCUCAUGACCAACCUGUCUGGUCGUCGGGACCAGUCCCCAUCCAAGGCUGCGUUGGAAUUUAUAAAUCUAGGCGAGGGAGUGAGCGUGGAUUCCCUGCGACAAAGAGCCUAUCUGGCAGUUGGGAAUGUUCUUAAUGAAGUUGACCUGGAGACACUGAGAGUGAUUUCGCAGCAGCGCUAUCCCUGGUCGAUUUUCGCCCUUUCCCAGGAGACAGAUUACUCAGUGCCAUUGACACUAGCCACUACGCUCAGUCUGCAGAUCUAUGACUCUAGACUGUCGGCCGUUGAGGAAGGAGAGGCAAUCAGCUCGCGAUGCGAGCAGAUAGCCAGUUCACACGCCCCCGAACUGGGCAUCUUUGCUCACUCUGAUUCGCCCUUGUUCCAACUCCAAUCCAAUGGACAGCCACCUACUCGUAUACGCAGUCCAGAACCCUCAGAUAAAGGAGCCAACUACGCACCCCUCUUCCAACCUGGCCCUCUUUCCAUCCUGCAUCCACCAGCUCCUCAUACGACUGUCCAUUCCGGCGGCCGACUGUGUGGUCUCGCCUCAGUACCAGCGCCUCGGUUUCCGAUCUUCUCGGGCUCCACCUACCCCGAGUCACAUUCCGUCGUGGCAUGCGGAGACUAUAACGGACGAGGCUCGCUAGAACUCUAUGAUCUCAAACCAGCACCCGAAGAGGACCACAACCCCGCGAAUGUGACAUCCACUCUCAGCCCAGAACACAAGAACCGCCAAAGCGCCGCGAGUUCUAAACUACUUUCCGUGGGAUCGCACGGGAAUCGCAUCGUCUUUUCCGACGCCGAAGGUAACAUCAAGUGGACCGAGCGAAACGGUCGGUCAGAAGUCCGACGGUGGAAUAUCAAUACCUCCCAGCCUCAGAUCCCAUUCGGUCGUCGUAGUCAACGGUCCACCUCGCAGACAGAAGAAGACCAGCCGCGUGGGCUUUGGCCUUCCCAAUCGCCCGGCAAUAAUGAGGUAGCCCGCAAAAUUCUCCCCACUGGUGGGAAUCUCACUGGAGAUGAGCUCCUCAUAUGGACUGGAGAGCGCAUUGGUCGUAUCAAGUUUUCCAUUCCUGCGGAUUACCAGAUGGAGGUCGAUGGUAAAGAAGUCGAUGACGAUGAUGAUGAUGUGUUUAUGCAUGCGGAGGUUGAUGAAGCUACACGCGAAGAGAUGCGACAUAGACGGCGUGAUGAUUGGGAGAGAGAACAGAGGUAUGGAGAUUAUAUGCGCCGUGCGCUUGAGAGGCAGGCGGAUGAGGUCCGCUGGAUGGGGAGUCGGGGGCUUGGCUGA